AUGAAUAAAACCGUGUCGGGCUGGUGGCACGGCCUGUCCCCCAUCUUUCUCAACCCUCAAAUUCUAGCCAUCACCCCUGUACCCCGGCCCUACCGCCCACAGAGCCGUCACCCCUGUACCCAGCCCUGUCACCCACGUAGCCGUCACCCCUGUACCCUGGCCCUGUCACCCACAGAGCCGUCACCCCUAGCCGUCACCCCUGUACCCGGCCCUGUCACCCACAGAGCCGUCACCCCUGUACCCAGCCCUGUCACCCACAGAGCCGUCACCACUGUACCCAGCCCUGUCACCCACAGAGCCGUCACCCCUGUACCCAGCCCUGUCACCCACAGAGCCAUCACCCCUGUACCCAGCCCUGUCACCCACAGAGCCGUCACCCCUGUACCCAGCCCUGUCACCCACAGAGCCGUCACCCCUGUACCCAGCCCUGUCACCCACAGAGCCGUCACCCCUGUACCCAGCCCUGUCACCCACAGAGCCGUCACCCUGUACCCAGCCCUGUCACCCACAGAGCCGUCACCCCUGUACCCAGCCCUGUCACCCACAGAGCCGUCACCCCUGUACCCAGCCCUGUCACCCACAGAGCCAUCACCCUGUACCCUGGCCCUGUCACCCACAGAGCCGUCACCCCUGUACCAUGGCCCUGUCACCCACAGAGCUGUCACCCCUGUACCCAGCCCUGUCACCCACAGAGCCGUCACCCCUGUACCCAGCCCUGUCACCCACAGAGCCGUCACCCCUGUACCCAGCCCUGUCACCCACAGAGCCAUCACCCUGUACCCAGCCCUGUCACCCACAGAGCCGUCACCCCGUACCCAGCCCUGUCACCCACAGAGCCGUCCCCCUGUACCCAGCCCUGUCACCCACAGAGCGGCCAUCCUGGCCAUGGCACAGAGCCCGGCAGCCCUAGUUGAGAAGCGGCCUUGGGAACGGCCUGUGCUCGCUGGGCGCGGGCGGCAGGGGCGGCGGGUGGAGAGGGUGGAGAAGGCUCCGUUCCGGAAGCGGUAG